AUGGACUCAUUGAGGAACUUUCUCGAACGCUUUCGAAAAAACCAUACCGAAACCAUCUAUCGACCCUUGAAAUCGAGAGCCAAACAGAUCCGCGUUCUCGAGGUGUACGCUGGACAGUACUCCGAUCCUUUGCGUUGUAAGACACACCACCGCCGGUUAGGAGAGCCAGAGACGAAAUAUGAAACCAUCUCCUACUGCUGGGGAGACGCGACUCAGCGUCAUACCAUUGAGCUUGAUGGCCAUGCUUUCGAUGUGCCUAUGAGUUCAUACAUGGCACUCAAACGCAUGCGACUGGAGGACUCGAACCGCAUGCUCUGGAUUGAUGCUGUCUGUAUCAAUCAGGCCAACCGGGACGAAAGGCAACAGCAAGUCGCGAUAAUGAACAAGGUCUAUGGCCAGAGUCAAGGAAAUCUCAUUUACCUUGGAGAAAGCGACAGUGCCCCCGAAGCACUUGAAUGCAUACAUAAUGUCCUAGAAGAAGCGGCGAGGGAGACCAAUAAUUUCGAGGACCUGAGAAGUAGUGUCUUGGAGGAAAAUGGCCAAUGUCGAUACGAAUUCUCUUCCCAUACACCACCUCAGCAUGAAAACGCUUGGAAUAGGUUUUGGAGUGUACCUUGGUUCAGGUACGUCAUUUGCUAUGAAAAAUUAUGUUGCUAACGAGAGACAUUAUCAGGAGGCUAUGGGUAAGGCAAGAGGCGAUACUUGCACCUCGAAAUUGCUGCUUCUACGGGGAGUUGUCCAUAAGCCUACUAGACGUAUGCAGGGCUGCUGUAUGGUUCAAUUGCAGAAAUGGCUCCUCCAUCCCUGUCGAAGUCUGGAAUGCUUUAAUCGGCAUGAUGCGGAUGUGGGUGGAAUUCAUCGACCCUAUCGACCUAAUGGCUGAAAUCCACGUUUCUCGCGAAAGACCUCGCGAUAUGUACGUUGGAGACGCCUUAUCAUUUGCUCGGGAUUUGGAAUCUGAAGAGCCACGCGAUCAUGUGUACGGAGUUCUAGGAAUGAUGUCCUGCACUUGGAACGGUGUACCUGCCGAUCUGCGCCCGGACUAUGCGAAGCCCAUAGAAGCUGUCUUGCGAGAUGCAACGCGGUACGCGCUCCAGGAAGCGCGUCAUGUCGAUCGAAUCUUCGCUGAAGUUUGGCAUCGCACGACCCAAGAACUCGAGGACUCCAGCUGGCGGUCGUGGUUGCCUCAUUGGGACCUAGGAUUCGACGCGGAAGCCGAGCCUUUGUAUCUUCCUCGUUCUGAGGCACCAGAGCCGCCGCGAAGUGAAGCCGAAGUGCAAUCGACGCGGCGCGGAAAUAUUCGCGUGCUUGGUUGCUGUCUCGAUCAAGUCGCGCUGCGCACAAGUGGAUGGAUCAAUCCGCAAUGGUUCGUCGAAUUAAAAGGAUAUCAAUACAUUCUCGAUUGGCUUCGAGACGUCCACAAUGUUGCUGUAGCAACGAAAGGCGCGAGAUACGUUCCAACUCCAGGCCUUGUUCUGGACGGGGCAUUGCUCUGCACCCAGCCGUCCGAGGAUGAAGGAGAACAAGGCGAGAGCGACAGUCGAUUCGACCAAUUUUGCAACUUCCUCGCUCACAAUCGGCGAUUACCACAUCGGCCUCGAUCCGAACAGCCUGAUACCGACGACGACGACGAAGAUACUCUCGCCUACAUGUACCAAGACUCUAUGUAUAAGUACUGCCGAAACCGUCGCUUCUUCUCGACUGCCCGGGGCUGGGUCGGUGUUGGUGCAAGGAUUACGGAGAAGGGAGAUCAGAUCGUGGCAUUCAACGCAAGCCGCCAGCUCUUUGUCCUUCGUCAAUACGGCGAGCAGUACCGACUUGUUGGAGAGUGCUACAUACACGGCGUCACACCACGUCAAGCCUGCGAGAUGUCUGAAUCAAGGGGUCAGGGGCCGAAGUGGUAUGAGUUGAUAUAA